UUCCAGGGCACCUAUUUCAGCAUCUUUUAGGGGUGGUGGCCCGGGCACAGAGACAAGCGACGGCCACCCAGGGGACCUCAGCGGACGUGGCCUGCUGGGCCCAUGAAUGGGGUUUUAGCGGCUGGCAAGAUGGCGUCACCCGCCUGUGCCGUGGGCCCCAUGGACAGCCUGGAGCUGCUGGACCUCCUCUUCGACCGGCAGGAUGGCAUCCUGCGGCAUGUGGGGCUGCCCGAGGACCCGCAGGCGCUGCCCGGCUCUGACUCCGAGGACUUCCUGAGCGCCAUCCUGGGCCCCCCGGACUCAGCCCCCAGCUCCCCCACCUGGUCCCCCGCGGCCAGCGAUAGUGGCAUCUCUGACGACCUGCCCUCCGACCCCCAGGACAGCCCCCCACACGGCGGGGCCCCGGGCACCACCCCGGCCGGCUGCUGUCCUGCCCACCUCCCCGGCCCCCCAGGACCCCCGCGGACACUGGUGCCCCCCGAAGCCUCCGUGGCCAUAGACCUGGCAGACAUGUGGGGUGCAGGCGGCCUCUACCCCGAGCAGCAGGCCGGCUCGCCCUCCCGCUUCAACCUGACCGUGAAGGAGCUGCUGCUGGCCGGGGGCAGCGGGGACCCGCAGCAGCAGCCACACCUGCCCGCUGCCCACCUCCUGCGACCCGGGCACGGCCACUGCCAGGAGCUGGUGCUGACGGAGGACGAGAAGAAGCUGCUGGCCAAGGAGGGGGUCACCCUGCCCACGCAGCUGCCCCUCACCAAGUACGAGGAGCGUGUGCUGAAAAAGAUCCGCCGCAAAAUCCGCAACAAGCAGUCGGCCCAGGAAAGCAGGAAGAAGAAGAAGGAAUAUAUUGAUGGCCUGGAGACGCGCAUGUCCGCAUGCACCGCCCAGAACCAGGAGCUGCAGAGGAAAGUCCUACAUUUGGAGAAACAGAAUCUGUCCCUCUUGGAGCAGCUGAAGAAGCUGCAGGCGCUGGUGGUGCAGUCCACCAGCAAGUCUGCCCAGACGGGCACCUGCAUCGCCGUGCUGCUCCUGUCCUGUGCCCUCAUCAUCCUGCCCUCCAUCAGCCCCUUCGCCUUCAGCAAAGCUGAGCGCCCCGGGGACUUCGCGGCAGUACGAGUCUUCUCCAGGACGCUGCACAAUCAGGAGGCUUCGCGUGUGGCCCCCGGGGACGUUGCACCAGGCCCUGACACCCCAAGCUCCCAGCCAGAUGCCGCACCCCACCAGGGGUCCCCAGGCAGCCUGGGGCCAGACUGGGGGGGCAACGCCACAAAAGAACUGGACAACUCAAGCCUGGCUCUGGACAACACGACGGACGAGCUGGGCCAGGCCACCGUGCUGGAUUGGGCAGUACCCGAGCCGGUGCCGAGCCCGGGGCGCUCGGGGCUGGAGGCGGCAGGGGAGGAGCUCUGAGCACCCCCGGGACCUGGUCUGGGCGCUUUGGGGUCCUGGCAUGGAUGCAAUGGACCUUGGCAGCGUGAGGCCAGAGAGUUCACAGCUGCUCCCAGGACCGAGGGAGACCCCUAAAACAGACCUCAAAGGACCAAGUGUGAGAAGCACCCCAAGAGACCCCAAUGUCCCCCAGUACCCCGUGAACCUCUUGGACGCUGGUGUGGCCACAGCCACCAACACCCCCUUUUCUAAGACUUUGCUUGUGUUUCAAUAAAGUAUUUUGACAGAA